AUGUCGCCGUCAAACUCAAGUAGCCAGCAGCUGGCCGUGGUCGCCGCACAGCCGUCCGAUGGCGUCGACUCUCUCCUCCCCUCCCUCACGUCCCUCACCAUCGACAAGUACUGCGACGUGAGUGCGCUGCUCUCCUCCCUCGCCGCCUUCUCCGCCCUCCACACGCUCCGCUUCAACUGCUUCUCACAGGUCGCGGCCGACAGAAAGCUCUCUCCGGGGCGAGUGGGACGCCCGCCGGCUCUCAGGGUGCUGCAGUUCAGAUUCGCUCAGAUCCACGCGCUGCCGGAGUUUGUGAGAGGCUUCACGAGCGUUGUUAGAGUUGAUCUGAUCAACUGUGGGCCUCUGGAGGUGUGGCCGGAGUUUUUGGCUAAGUUCCCGGCGUUCCACUGCUUGCGAGUGAGUGGGUGCUCAAAACUCCCCCCUCCUCCCCCUUCACUGGUUCCCCUGCUGGUGCCGGCCAGAUAG